AUGACCGAUACGGAAAAGGCUUCGUAUAUUGAGGCUGAGCUUUGCCUCAUGGCUCGACCCGCACAAGCUGGCAUUACAGGUGCCCAGAAUAGAUGGGACGAGCUGGACUGGGCCCACAUCGCACAGUCUAACGUCAUUCACAACGUGUCAGAAUGCGGGUAUGAAGGCGGCCAACCGUAUUGGAACGAAGUUCUAGAUAUGGAUGCCCUCAACGAGUCUGUCGUUUUUGAUCCAGACACCGGCUUCGGUGGUGAGGGUGGCGACUGCGUGACUGACGGGCCAUUUGUCAACUUGACCUUGCACAUGAAUUCUUCGUCAACCUCUGCCAGCUACUGCCUCACGCGUUCGUUCAAUCAAAAUGGAUUUCAGACCGGGCAGCAGCAGUACAUCGAUGAAUGCUUCAACACUACGAACUAUGAGGACGCCUUUGAGUGCUACCAGGUCAAUCCUCAUACCGCCGGCCAUUCUGCUGUCGGAGGCACGAUGCUUGAUGUCGUCGGAAGUCCCGGCGAGCCGUUGUUCUUCCUUCACCAUACCAAUCUAGACCGCCUCUGGUGGUUGUGGCAGCAGGCGAACCUUACGACACGGCUCACAGAAAUAGGUGGACGUAACAUCCCUUUGACCACCUACCUGGAACAAAAUGGGAUGGACUAUCCCAGUGCAUCCAUUCUUGACUAUGAUGGUGACGACGGGAAUGUGACUACACUCAAUCACAACCUCUGGAUGGUAGGUAUUGUGCCGAAUGCAACCAUUGCUGAGGUUAUGGACCUGGGCGGCGAUCUAAUUUGCGCUGAGUAUGUCUAA